AUGGAUAAAAUAAAUAUUCAAGAAAUUAAUACUAUUUGCGACGACGAUUCUUUGCUGGAUGAUACCUAUGUCGAUUAUGAAAUACUUGGUAUGCACGAAAACUUGAUUCCUAUUCCUGAUACUGUUAACGCUGGGGUACAAACUAUCGGUGAAAAUAUUGUACAAUAUGAAGAAAUUAUUCAUGAAGGUAUCGCUGGAAGUAGAUUAUCGUCACCAACGAUACUUCAAACAAAUACUCCUAGCAAUAUUGAAGACCAUGAUUCUGCUGAGCUUGGUAAAGAAAAUCAAGAGCCAAGUUCUCAUUCUAUCUACUUGAAUGAAGGCUCAGACUUUUCUGCAGGUAGUGGUGACGAAUAUCAACCACCAAGGCGUGACAGAUCGUCAUCUACGAGUUCGUCUAUAGUUUCUUCUAUCAAAAGAGGAAAGAAAAGAAUCAGAUACCCAAAUAAGUGGAAACAAAAUAUCAGAAAAACUUUGAAAAAUUUAGGAAAGGAGUAUUCAUCUAAAACAGGCAAUCAAAUAGAAGCCAAAAAAAUGAGACCCUCGUGCCGUAACUGCAAGUUUUCUUGCUGCGAUAACUUUACAACAGAUGAACGUCAACAAAUAUUUGAUUGUUAUUGGGCUUUAGGAUCUUUGCAACGUCAAAGAGAUUUUCUCAGUGCUUGCAUUAACAUACCAAACAUAAUAUGUCGUCGUGUAAAAAAUCCAGCAAAACAAAGAACACCUAAUUGUUUGUUUUCUUUUAUGAAAAAUGGCCAGACCCCCAGAAUAUGCAACACGUUUUUGUUAAAUACCCUUGGAAUAGCACAACGGACAUUACGUACAGUAAUUGAAGCAAAAACCUCUGAGUCUGGAAUUGCGCCUUGCGACUGA